AUGAACAAUCAACAACAACCGAGUCCAGAGUCAGACUCGGACGCCACUGGUUCCUCAGAGGGGGUUGACUAUUAUCUCCAAAUGUACUUUGGGCAGUCCUACGACGGAUUAUCGGCGCUAGGACACCGAGCACCGCCGGGGAUCGCUGAGGAGGGUGGUCUGGAUGGUGCGAUCGGGGAUGGCCAUCGGAUGAAGCUGGAUGCUGAGCUUGCUUCGAUCCUCUUUGGGGCCGAGGAUGGCGCGGACUGCAAAUUCCCGUCGGUGGACUCCAGCGAUCUCAGCCCCGCCGCACACGAUCGGCUCACCCGGGAAGCACCGCCGGCAGCGGUAGAGUGCUCGUCAGCCGGCCGAUGGAACCCGGACAGCUCCCAGCAAGAUCUCGUAGUAAAGGGGCAGCAGCCGAGCCAGGACGACGACCAGCUCAGGAAUAUCCAUCAAGCCUGUCUCGAGCAGAGCCAGGCUGCUGACGAGCCAGAAGUGCCGGGUGGAACAAUCAGCAGCGGUAGGACGAGGACGAGCGGAUCAUCGGAGGAUGGAAAACAAGAGAAAGUAACUCAGACUCAGCAGACUCAGACUCAGACUCAGACUGGCUUGGCCGGAGAUUCAUCCAAGCAGGAGAGCAGUCCUAUAUCAUACCACAACUUCAACAACAACAAAUUUCCCACCAAAUUCCAUCAGGACCACUUCAACCCAUUCCUAUCAUCCUCCACAUCCACCUCAUCCUCGUCUUCAUCAAUCCUCAAGAACAACAACAACAAUAAUAAUAAUAAAAAUACUCACAGUAAUCAUAAUAAAUUCCAUAGCUAUUUUCCUACCACCGAGUACACAACCAGCCUCAGCAGUACUGGCGGUAGUGGUACUACCAUCAAGGAUGACGAUACUCACAUCAAAGAUUUGAAGACAACAUCUUCCACCAAUCUCCUCAACCAUCCAAUCUCAUCCGCCAUCUCAAUCUCACCCGAUGUUCCUUAUCAGUUCACCCCACACCAUCUUCAUCCAACCCAUUCCUUAGAUACAACAAAAUUCGACUCUCCAUUCAAAUUUAACCACCAUCCACUCAGUCCCUCCUUCGACCUCCUCCAUCAGAUGAACACCUCUUCUCAUCCUCAUCCCCAGCCAACAAAAACAAUUCCACUCGAUCUCUCCCAGUUCUGGUCUAGCUUCACACCCUCCUCGGCUCAGAUCGAUUCAGCCAAGUCAACCGAUCAGAUAGUCACUGAGGACGAGGACAGACAGCAGCCCAUCGAGCUGGAAUUUAGCCACUUGGUAGCUGAGGAACAAUGCGCUACACUAGCCAAUGGCGAUUCCUCCUCCCAGUCUAUUUUGAAAAGCUCCCCAAAGAGCUCGGGCGACUUUAGCAAAGCGUUUAUCCCGGCCGAUCCGUUGUCUUCCUUAUAUGCAACCACCGAUCCCGGAACCUCUUUAUAUCCUCCACCUAUCUCAACCUUCCAGGAGCUUCGCGAUUUCAAUGAUAACUUUCACAAUUUGAUCAAUUCUUUUGACCUCUUCUCACCCUCAGCCUCAUCGACUCGGCACUCAGUCUCCUCUGCGGUUCAUCCUCCGCCUCCUUCGGCACCCUUCUUGAGUACCACCGCCUCAGCUAGUAUCCAAUCAACACCAGCCGUCGAUCCUACCUUUGGCUCUCAAACUCAAACUUCCCCAUCGGUUGACCAUCUUGCCCAUCAUAAAUUUGAAUCGUCCCUCUCAUCAACCUCCCCAUUGCCUUCCCCCGCUAGUCUCUCUUACCCAUCAGUGCCCACCCCUCAAUCCGCUAACCGAGAUCAGUUUCCCCCCGGUUCGGAGGUCGCCCACCCGAAUUACCACAAAAACAAUCUGCUCAUCAAUCGAUCGGCGUCCUACAGUGCACUCAACAAAUCAAUCACCGCAGCCGCUGAGGUGCCCACCGAAGUUGAACUAGCCAUCCCUCGUCUUGACCAAUUGAACCUUUCAGAACCUUACCCGGAUGACCUCAAAUUAUUGCUCAUUGGACUCCAAGCCGAAGGCGCUAAAACCCGAGUGGAAACCCAAAUCAAACUCACACUGGUCCUCGUCACUGGCGACGGGGCCUCGAUCGAUCAAAAUGGUAACCUGUCAACCCCAACGCAACACAGCCUUUCACGUCUAGGAAAUUGGUCUCACAUCAAGCUUCCAGUUUACUCGGCCAUCAAACGGAAGAGUAAGAAGCUCAUCAAGACAGGAAUCCCCCCGGAGGAAACGCUUUUCUUGGACGUCGCUGUUGUCCGAGAAAGCGAACCACACGAGGAGAUCUAUUGCUGCUCCAAUUGCCAAGUUCGCGAGCAAAAAAGACUCCAGCGAAAGAGAGAUGCUCGGGUCAGGCCUGCCCAAGAGAUCGAAAGUGACGAGGCUGAACAAUCGAUCAGACCGGAAGACGAGAAACGGAAAAUCGUGGUCUUCAACUGUGGCCAGUACGUCAGUUUCGACUCCGGAGAAGUUACGCUACCCACCCGGAUCACUUGUUAUUGCCGUCAUCAUCGCGAAAAAAAGGGUUUCCGCGUCAAGAUUACCUUGCGUGACCACAACAAUCGCUUUGUGGCAACCUCUACGACUCCCGCCAUAAUGAUCACUGACGAUCACAAAGCAGUGGCUGCUGCAGCUAAGGCCAAAUCAGGAUCUGACGCCGAAGACAGUCAAACACGUACUCGACCAAUCCGAAAGCUUCCUAAUGCUGGCCCUGGGACAAGUGCAUCAGGUACCCAUCGCACAAAGAGAAAGUCGUUUGUGGCUUCGAUUGACUCUACAUCUAAUAAUCAGCUAGCGUCUACACCAAUCCAAGAUAAUGGUAGCUUUGACUCUACCGCCGGGUGGACGGCGUCGGCAAGUGCCACCCCAAAUGAGAAUACGACAUACCUACAUUCUCAGCUGCAGGGAAGCUCACAAUCAACCUCCACGAAAUGUAAACGCAAGGCUCCUGAUGAACUGAAUCUCCGCGUGAAUGUUGGAAGAAGGACAGGAUCGCAUCAAACGGCUACAAACAAUCACCUGGUUGGGCCUCGCGAUGCUUCAUUAGCCCAUCAGAAUUUGGAGUUUGGCCCCGAUUACCAAGUUAUCGCCCCCUCAGGAUCAUCUCGCUCCUUUGAAGAAUGCGGGCUUCAGUUAGCGGAUCAAUCCCGUUCAAGAUCCUAUGACCGUAGUAUAUCGAUGCCCAUGUCUAUACCACCGCCUGAUACGCAACAAGCUGAUUCCGCAUCAAAGUGCCAGUGGAAAGAUUGUUCAUCCAUUCCACAGCAGUCAUACCCUGAUCAGAACUUAUGUUUUGCACGUCCGGAGGUUAAGCCCACUUUAUCCAUUGACGUUGAGAUGAAGGACUCGAGCGUAAACGCACAUAGUACCUCACAGCCAGCAGAUAACCCCCCUCAAUCCAUGACCAGAAAUGAUGAGGCCAAGUCGAACGACUAUCCCGCUUCUUCAGAUCUUGCUGAAAUGUUGCACUCCAAUUCCCAGUCUCGAUCCUCUGAGCUCUCUGGUAAAGGUGGCCAUGCUCACUCAGCAAUCCAGCCGUAUCAAAAUGGUUAUAGUGGCCCUCAUCCAAGUUGCUCGACAACAACUUCCUCGCCGGAUCAUACACGUACAUGUCCGUUUGACUCUCAAAUUGCUACCCCCACACCCACAGGCUCUUCGGAUGCCAGUCCUAAAUCUUCGAUCGAUUUACAAGGAUACGAUCUCCAAGCAAAAUGUUCUAUCUCUACAAGUCGAUCAAGCUCGAUUGUAUGCACUCAAAGCAGAGGCGGCAGUGAUGGUAGCAGUAAUAUCAGUGACGUAGAUCGCACCAUAUGCAUCUUACCAACCCAAUCAGAGAAUUCUCCAGACCAGCAACCCGCUGAUCAAAUCGACACUCAUUCCAACCACCUUAACGAUGUCUCACAGACUGGUUCUCCGGCUGGAAACUCUCCAAUGUGCGUAUUGGGAAGUGCACUAUCGAAUUGGAACGUCCUGUCGAAUAUUUUGCCACCAAAUUUAGUCACAGGCGCGAGUCCCAAGUCUUUGUCGGCCGAGGUUCCAACCAAGUCGCAGCAAGGAUCAGUUAGCAUCGAACCCACGCGAAAUACCAAUCGAUCACAAGGAACUGGGAUGGAUGCGAAAGAUUCGCGGGCUAGAAUCAGGAAGCUGGUGCCCAAUAAAGGGCCGGUCGAAGGCGGGAUCGAGAUUACGAUUCUCGGGGAGAAUUUUGACCGAGAGCUUCGGGUGGAUUUCGGAGGCUUAGGCGGGCCGAUCCGGCCGGAGUUCUGGUCGGCCAACACGCUCGUCUGCACCCUUCCGCCGGCCGCCGGGCCGGGGCCCUGCGAGGUCGUCCUCGUCGACGGCGACGGCCCAAUACGGGUCGACGACGCGUCCGCCCUGGGCAGACAGUUCAGAUACGUCUGCACGGCCGACCAACGGCUCAUGGAACUCGCCUUGCAGGUCGUCGGCUUGAAAAUGACCGGCCAGGUCCAGGACGCACUCCACUUUGCUCGCAAAAUCGUCGUCGAAACUAACGAGCUCGACGGCUUCGAUCCUUCUGCUUCCAGCCAUUUUCCUGCUCUCGUUGAUCACGAAAGAGAUUAA